AUGGGUUGUGGAUCGUCGUAACCAACUGCUGAACCUGAUCAAACAUCAAAAUCUUUGAAAAGUGCCAACACCUCAGAAAUAGAAGACUUGAUUGGCAAAAAAAUACCCAAAUUACUGAUUUAAGCUGAAAUGAAACAUCGAUUUACAGCUGACGAAGAAACAAUUAAAAAUGACUUAAUUUAAAUGCAAUCUCCAAAGGAAAAUGAGAAUGUAGUGGCGAGAGCAUAAAAAAAAAUGUAAAAAAAAUACAGAGGCGGAGAGGAUGUUGAAGGCCAAAUCAUAGAAAACGUGAAGAGAGUUGAAAGAGAUAUGCAAUAAAGUGAUAUUGAUCUUAUCAUUAAAAGCUUCAAAAAUCAUUUCGUCUUUUUUAGUCUUCCUCAAGAUUCUCUAUAACAGUUGAUAGAAAAUAUGUUCUAUUGCACAAUUAAAGCAGGAGAGUUUGUUUUCAAAUAAGGAAAUUAGGCUAGCGCAUAUUUCGUUAUUGAAAGAGGAUAAGUCGAAAUUAUUAUCAAUGAGAAUCCUAUUAGAGUCCUUCAAUAAGGAGACUAGUUUGGCGAAAUUGCCUUGCUUUAUAAUGCCACAAGAUCUGCCUCCACAAAAGCACUUACUAAUUGCGGAUUUUGGUCCCUUGAGAGGGCUACAUUUAAGAAAACGAUUGAGGAGAUCACUUUAAAGGAAUACGACGAGAACAGAAAAUUCAUAGAUUAAGUCAAUUUCUUCUCGUUUAUGACAACUGAAUAAAGAGAUAUGAUAGGACAUGCUCUAAUCACAACCAAGUUCAAUCCUGGAUAGAAUAUUGUGAAUGAAGGAGAUUAAGCAGAUUCAUUUUAUGUCAUAAAAAGUGGUUAAGUGUAAAUAUUGAAAGGAGAUAAAUUAAUAAGAAAAAUGGGUGCAAAGGAUAGUUUUGGAGAGUAAGCUUUAUAUGAGAAAUCGGUGAGAGGGGCCACAGUCAAGGCAGAAACAGAGGUCAAAUGCGUGGCUUUGGGAAGAGAGAAUUUGACUAAGAUAUUGGGUGAUAAAAUAUAACUUAUAAUUUUCAAUAACAUCAUGAGAUGGAGUUUCGAAAAAAGUGUUGUUCUAAAAUAAUUAACAAAAAUCUAAUUGGAAAAAAUAUCCUAAAAAGCUAAGAUAGAAAACUUUAAAAAAGGUUAAGUUAUUUUUGAACCGAAUAAACCAUGUGACAAAUUAGUUGUAGUUUUGGAGGGUGUAUUAAUAAAUUCAAAAUAAGAAUCAAUCAGUAAAGGUUCUUGUUUUGGAGAUCAAUUUCUAUAGAAGGAACUAUAUGGAUCUCUUAUUGAAAGUGCUUUUUCUAUGGUAGGAGAUGGAGUAUUAGCUACAAUUACCUAUUAAGCUUUGUUCAAGAUUUUUGGAGGCGAUUUAGAAACUGUCUUAAAGAAAAAUGAAAAUUCUCAUGAAAAGAAGAUAUAACAAAUCGGUCAGAGGGAAGAUGCUUCUCAUAUUAUAGUAGAAGACUUAGUUUACAUAAAGAAACUAGGAGAAGGACAAUUUGGAAGUGUAUAUUUGGUCAAACACAAAGAAAUCAAUAAGGUAUUUGCUUUGAAAAGUGUAAGCAAAGCAUCUAUAAUUGAAUAAAAUUUAGAGAAACAUAUUACGUAAGAGAAAAAAGUAUUAGAAUAGAUAAACUUUCCAUUUAUUAUGGGAUUUGUCAGAACAUUCAAAGAUGAUAUGUCAAUUUACUUUUUGGUUGAUUUCAUUAGGGGAAUGGAGUUAUUUGAUGUAAUAAGAGACAUAGGAUUGUUGUCUAAGCCUGAGACAUAAUUUUACAUUGGUACAAUUAUUCUUUGCAUAGAAUACUUACAUUCUAAGAGUAUUGUAUACAGAGAUUUAAAGCCAGAGAACAUUAUGGUAAAUGCUUAAGGUUUUAUGUAUUUAAUUGAUUUGGGUACUGCUAAACCACUGUUGAAAGCAAAGGCGUCCAGAACAUAUACAAUUAUUGGAACUCCUCAUUAUAUGGCUCCAGAAAUAAUGGCAGGGAAAGGCUAUACAUUUACAGUGGACUUAUGGAGUAUUGGGAUAUGUAUGUAUGAGUUCAUGUGUGGAGGAGUACCAUUUGGAGAGGAAUUAGAAGACCCAUACCAAAUAUACGAAGAGAUUAUGAAUACUUAAAUUAAAUACCCUACAUUUCUAAAAGACAGAUAUGCCAAGAAAUUAAUGGAACAGUUAAUGAACAGAUAACCAGAAAUUAGGUUAGGUGCAUCCUAUUCAGCAUUGAAGGCUCAUCCAUGGUUUGAUGAUUUUGACUUCGAUAAGCUUUUUAGUAAAGAACUCAAACCUCCGUAUUUACCUAAAGCAGAAAAUAUGGUCUCUGAAAAUGAUAUUUAAAAGAGAUUUAAUCAGAACAAAUUAGUUGUUCAAGAAAUCAAGCAUGAACAAGAUAAUCACAAAAUCAAAUACAAUAAGCAUCUUGCUAAAGAUCCUAAUUGGGAUAAAGACUUUUGA